ACAAAAACCAAACCGGAUGAGCUUCGUCGUCAUGGAGAAUCUGACGGCGCAGUUUCUACCUCCUCCGCUAUGGAACUCGAACACAAGAUUUCUCACUUCCUUAAUCGCUAAACCUAAUCUCAUUUCCCUCCGCCGCUCGUUACCGCCGCUGUCUCUCGAUUGUUCCGCCGAAGACCACCCGACACAAUCCACCUCUCUUCUCAAUUCAUUACGGCGACGACUCAGACAUCCCGGUUCUUGUCCUCUACGGCUGCUUCAAGAGGAUGGAGACUGGAGCAAAGACCAAUUCUUCGCCGCGAUACGAUUCUUCCGUCACUCCUCAAGACUCCACCACAUUCUUCCUGUGUUCGAUGCGUGGAAGAAGCUAGAGCCUUCUUCACGUAUAAACGAAGCUAACUACGAGAAGAUCAUAAGCCUUCUUUGCGCGGAGAGAUCGAUGAUGGACGAAGCGGUUCGAGCUUUACAAUCCAUGACUCAUGAUUACAAGAUGAACCCGUCUUUACGAAUCUACAAUUCAAUCAUCCGCGGUUACGCUGACGACGGGAAGUUCGAGGAAGCAUUGUCGUUCUUGAAUGGGAUGAAAGAGAACGGUGUGUCGCCGGAAACCGAGACUUACGACGGGUUGAUUCAAGGGUACGGUAAGCGGGGAAUGUACGAUGAGAUUGUUUCGUGCGUGGAGAGAAUGGAGUCUGAGGGGUGUUUGCGUGACGGCGUUACUUGUAAUCUACUCGUGCGCGAGUUUGCUAGAGGAGGGUUGCUUGGGAGGAUGGAGAGAAUGUAUCAGAGUUUGAUGUCGAGGAAGAUGACUCUGGAGCCUGUUACUUUGGUGUCGAUGCUUGAAGCUUAUGCGGAGUUUGGGGUGUUGGAGAAGAUGGAGGAGACGUAUGACAAGGUUAUGAGGUUUGGGAUCUGUCUGGAUGAGGAGUUGGUUAGGAGGUUAGCGUGUGUUUACAUUGAUAACCUCAUGUUCUCGAGGCUUGAUGAUUUGGGUCGUGGCAUUCGGAGGAGUGAUCUGGCUUGGUGUCUGAGGGGUCUAUCCCAUGCAUGUCUUGUGAGUCGGAAAGGUUUGGAUUAUGUUGUUAAAGAGAUGAGCGAAGAAGCCGGGAGAGUUCCUUGGAGUACAAGUUUUGCUAAUAUCGUGCUGUUAGCUUACUCGAAGAUGGGAGAUUUCAGGAGCGUUGAGCUGUUGCUCUCCCAGCUACAGAGGAGGAGAGGUGUGAAACUUGAUCUUGUGACUGUAGGAAUUGUCUUCGACUUGAGCGUGGGCGUGGCUGGGUUCGAUGGUACUGCGGUUUUUAUGAGCUGGAAGAAGAGUGGGUUUCUUGAUAAGGAUGCGGAGAUGAAGACUGACCCAUUGGUUCAUGCUGCUUUGGGGGAAGGGCAGUUUCUUAGAAGCUGCAAUGAAGUGAUGAAGCAGUCUCUUGAAGAAUCAAAGUCAUGGACUUAUCAGUAUCUAUUAGAAGUUGUGGUUAAGAAUCAGAAAAUUGAAACUUAGUGUAUGUUAAUUUCAGUGUGAUGAUUGCACAAUUACUUCAUUUGUGUAAAGUGACUGACUACUGUUGAUAACAUAUUUAUUAACGCUUAUUAAAACAGA